AUGAGCUUCCACGAAUCAGCCAGAGACGUCCGCGUCGAGGACGGCCGCACCCUCGUCGCUGACCUCCGAAACGGUAAUGGUGACUUUGUCACUGCCCGUCUUGAUCUCAACACAGUCCUAGGAAACAAUGACGGCCGCUUUUGCUGGGGAGGAGGAGGCUUCAGCGACAGCGCUUCAGAUACCUACUUCCAGUUCGACCAACCGACGAAUCUGCCCAUCCUUCGCGCGAAACUGACGGCCUCUGACGGUAGCAAGUUUGAUGGAGUGGUUAACCUGUCCGAGCGAAUCACCAACAACAACGGCUCGUUUGAACUUACGAAGUAG